AUGACCAAAAUUGAAAAAGUGCAACGACGUUUCUUUCUCAUGAUAGCACAUAAAAUUAAUUUGGCCGGUUAUCCUACUUCUGUAAUUGAGCGUCAGUGCAGCAUGAAUUCAUUACAAUCUAGACGCAAUUUUAUUGAUAUACUUUUUGUACAUAGACUCUUGAACGGUUCCAUCGACUGUCCCGAUUUAUUGCAAAAAAUAUAUUUUAACGUGCCACAA